GCGGCGCCCCUGGGUCAGUCGCGCGCGGAGCGCGGGGUCCGGAGAGAGGAGCCGGGGGAGGGUGCUGUGGUGGCGCCGCGCGCGCUCUCCGGACCAUGGCACCUCCGGUCAAAGGGAAAAGGAAGCAGUCAGAGGAAGGGGAGCCCCUAGACCCACCCGUGUCUCCUCAGCCCGAUGGUGAGCCGAGAAGGAGCCGGAGCCCUGUGCGCCUGGAGGAGCCCCCCGAGGCAGGCAGGGAGCGGGAGGAGGAGCAGGAGGAGGAGCAGGCCUUCCUGGUCAGCCUCUACAAGUUCAUGAAGGAGCGACGCACGCCCAUCGAGAGGGUGCCCCAUCUCGGCUUCAAGCAGAUUAACCUGUGGAAGAUCUACAAGGCCGUGGAGAAGCUAGGGGCCUAUGAACUGGUGACUGGCCGCCGCCUCUGGAAGAACGUGUACGAUGAGCUGGGGGGCAGCCCGGGCAGCACCAGUGCGGCCACAUGCACGCGCCGCCACUACGAGAGGCUGGUCCUCCCAUACGUGCGGCACCUGAAGGGGGAGGAUGACAAGCCCCUGCCCCCCUCCAAGCCCAGGAAGCAGUACAAGAUGGCCAAGGAGCCUCGGGGGGAUGAUGGGGCCACUGAGAGACCAAAGAAGGUCAAGGAGGAGAGGCGGGUGGACCAGCUGAUGCCAGCAAAGACCAAAGCAGAUGCCCCUGACCUGGCAAGGCUUCCUAGCCAGGAGACACCAAGGGAUGGCAUGGAGCAGCGAGGCCCAGCCGUGGGGCCCUCUCUGCCCUUUUUGGGUGCCAGUGGCUGCCCUGAGGCCUACAAACGGCUCCUGUCUAGCUUCUACUGCAGAGGGACACAUGGUAUCAUGUCACCGCUGGCCAAAAAGAAGCUCCUGGCCCAGGUGAGCAAGGCAGAGGCCUUGCAGUGUCAGGAGGAGGGCUGUCGCCACGGGGCAGGUGGGGAGCCCCAGGGACCCCCAGCUGCCCCGCCCAUGGAGAGUCCCCAGAGCCCAGGAGGGCUGGCCGAGGACUCCAGGGACCGGCUGACACCUCUGGAAGGAAGGCAGGCCCCUGGGGGCGGCCUCUGGCGGGAGACACAGGCAGGCCCUCGCCCAUCAGCCCCCAUUGUCACCGGCUGCUUCCACGCCUACCCCAGCGAAGUGCUGAAGCCUGUCAGCCAGCGUCCCAGGGACCUUUUCCCCAGUCUUAAAGAUAGGGUGUUGUUUGGGCCCCCUGCCAAGGAGGAGGGGCUGCCAGCCAAAGAGCCCCGGCUGGUGUGGGGCGGGGAUGCCGGCCGCCCUUCUGCGUUCCACAAGGGCAGCUCCAGAAAGGGCAGCCUCUACCCCAAACCCAAAGCCUGCUGGGUGUCCCCCAUGACCAAGGUCCCUGCUGAGAGCCCCAUGCCCCUGCCAACCUUCCCGAGCAGCCCAGGCCUGGGCCACAAGCGCAGCCUGGCGGAAGAGGGCUCGGUGCACGGUGGCAAAAAACUGCGGGCAGUGUCUCCCUUUCUGAAGGAGGCGAAUGCCCAGGAGUGUGGGACCAAGCCCGGGGGCCCUGACUUGGCCGUCUCCUGCCUGCUGGGCCCCGCCCUCCCGGAGGCCUACAGGGGUACCAUGCUGCACUGUCCACUGAACCUCGCUGGCACCCUGGGCCCCUUAAAGGGUCAGGCCACCCUCCCCUUCAGCCCCCUCGUCAUCCCUGCCUUCCCGGCCCACCUGCUGGCCGCCACAGCGCCCUCGCCCAUGACCGCUGGCCUGAUGCACCUCCCACCAGCAUCCUUUGAUGGUGCCCUGUGCCACAGACUCUGCCCGGCCUCGUCUCCGUGGCACGUGCCGCCUGCCACGGCCUACACGGCACCCCACUUCUCUUCCCACCUCCACACCAAGCUGUAGGCCUGGGCCUGCUGUGCUGUGCGCAGUCAGGGUCUGGCCUCGGCCUGGGGUGGGCGGGCACCGCCGGGGGCUCCGGCUCGGAGCCCCUCAGGAGAGCUCGCCUGUGCCUGACAGGGAUGGGCCCCGGGCAGACUGGGUUUCUCUCUCAAGAUGGCAGCCUGAGCCCAGGGGCUGGGGCCCAGUGAUGGCAUGCCUCAGGAGAAGACAUCGAGAGGCGGACAGCCCCCCGGCCCGGGCCCCAGAGCAGGGAUCGGGGCGGGUGAAGGGCCACGGGGCUGUCCAUGCUGCCUGUGGAAAAUCCAAUAAAACACCAGUGAAUCCACGCA